AUGGAAUCUACUCUGGGACUGAAGGAGAUCAUAGAUCAAUAUGAAAAUGACCAUUUCAGCUUCCAAUUGAUCGAAUUUGAUGACAAAAUCAUCCUUAAUGUAAUGAUCAAUGGCAUCGUGGACACAACUUUGGAUAUUCCAAUGCCCACUCAAUCGCACAUCAACGAUCCAUUGCAAGACGAGCAAUCUCUUGGCGUGGAGCCUGUCGUGCUAUUAGGAGAUCCGCAUAAUAUUAAAAUUCAGGUGGUGGCUAGCCAAAUCGGCAAAGUGGUACAACUACUGAGGAGACCCCGCAACAUCAUUUUGAGCAUUGCAUCACGGUACUUCGGCAAAGGCGACGUUACCCAAGACGGCGAUUUUGAAAAGGUCAUGUUUGUUGUACAGCACGUAAAGGAGUUGUUGCUGUAA